ACUGACAUUGUCAUCAUGCAAAGUUGUCAACAAAGCAGCCCUGGCGGGCUAAUCAUUUAACAGCAUUGAUUAAUGAAUGCUGAAAGCGGAGGUUCUUAGCCCACGGGUUUGCUGGUUUGAAGCAGUUACAAAAUUUAGCAGUUUAACCAAACUUUGAUCCAAUUUGGCUUUGAAAUCAAAAACGUCAUAACUCCUCGGCGUGUGGGAAAGGUUGAGUACAAAGAGUCUCUGGAACCAGGAACGCGGAGGUCGAGCACAGAGGCAAAGGGCAGUUGGCACAUUUUGUAGGCAGAUGGUCACUAGUUGGCUGUGAAGUGGAGGCUCGUCCAAGGAGUGUUUACUCACCUUGGGAACAUUGCCUGAUCUGGGUAUAAAGUUCAACAGUGAGCACUGACAGGCCUGAAUAACCGCUACAUACACAAGGCCCACGGCUCUUAUUUUUGUCGAUGCAAUUUGAAAAAAAUCCCAAGAGAUAUAAAUCUAAGUGUUGGGGCUCCUUCAGUGUAGGCAAGGAAGCUCUUGCUUAUGGCUUGUUUUAGGCUCUUGCAAACUAAACAUUAUUAUUUUCUAUUGCUGCAGCCUCAGAAGAAGCAGAGUGGCAACUUCUCAAUAAUUAACCUCCUCUUUCAAAUAUUAUGUUUUAUUUUAGCAGGAGUUCUGUGUGGGGGAGGUAUCAUAAAAUAUUAACCCAUCCCUAAAUUAGUACUCACAGCAAAAGCACAGAGCAGCUCAGGACUGGGGCUGCACACGGUUGCUCUGUGGGUGAAAAGCACCGUGUGCAUGUGCACAAACAUAGACUUGAGUCUGUAUCUGUGUCAGUUGUGGCAGUAUCUGAUAUCAACAGCCACAAUUACUCAUAAUUCUGAGGGUUAUCUCCGUGUGAUAACAGACACUUGAGUGAGAUCUCAGACACUUUGAGCUCAUCUCUGUUUCUGCAGGCCUGUCUUUAGCUUCCCCUAUUCCAUUUUAGACCACUGUGACCAUAAAGAAAGGUGGUCUUGUCUAUUUGUUCGUGCAGUCUGGGUGCGUGAAGACUGAAGUAUUCAGACAAAUAGAACUGUAGAAAUAACCCUGUUUCCAUUUCCUCUCACUCUAUUUAUACCCAGUCUUUGCAAAGCAUCCGAAGCCUGGAUGAGGUGAUGCUUUUGUGCCAACUUGUGACUUUUUUGUCUUGGUGUGGCUUUUCCCAUGGUUGUCAUUGGUAGUUUGCAGAAAAGGAAAUUUGGGAUUUCCAGCUGAGUUUCAGGGAGUUCUAGAAAGUAACAAAAUGGACUUAUCUUGUAUAAAGGGUAUUCACAACCCAGCUGUUGUUCAUGUUUGUGAGGCAGUUGGAUGUUCCCAGCAAGGUUCUUGCUGGGGCAGCCAGCAGUGACUUACAAACCCCAAAAAGCCAGGAUGGCAGAGCAGCAGGGAUCAGGAUUGCAGCUCACUCCCCACCCUGCAAGUCUAAAAUACUGCAGAGCUGACUCUCCCUCUGCAGGAACACCCUGUGGGACUGUACCCUCUAUCUCCCCUGCAAAGCCUUUUAUUAUGUUUUGUAAAUAAGGGAAGAAAACAGUGAGGUAAGAGGGGCUGUCCUUGAUGCAUGGCAAGGCCAAACAUUCCUGAAAAGGAAAACAAAAAUCUGGUGGGAUAAGAGGUGCUAAAGACUGCUCCAGAUAGGGCUGUGAUGUAAGCAAAGAUAAAACCCAAAACCAAUUUAAUAAUAACAAAGCUGGUGUUUGUCUUCAGAGUCCACAUACUGUGCUGCUGGUGGAGUUGAUCAGAAAUAUUUUCCUUUUAAAACACAUCAUAAAGUACCUUCAUUAAAAAUAAAAUGGAACAUAAUCUUUAGUAAUACUAAGCAGAGCCAUUUUUUAGCGAAGUACAAAAAUACUGAGUGCUUUUUGCUGGCGAGGUAAGUCAGUGUACAUAGAAAUAACUGAGAGUAAGCCAGCAAUGCUCAGUUGUCAGAAGACAACACACCAGGAAAUGAUCAUAUUUCAGCAUAAGUAAAAUCAGAAUAAAAGUUUACCUACAACAGUGUAAUACAGCAGAAUCAUUCCUAGUGUUUCUAGGUUUUGAGAGGAGGAAAAAAAAAUCCCAAACCCAGAGCAUUAAUUUCUGCCAAUUAAAUUACAGUCAGGCAGGUGUUGUGCAAAUUUUCUAACACUGCAAUCCUAACCUCCCACAAUCUUGCUAUACAAACUGUGGGCUUCUCUUGAGAAGACACUAAAUAUGCCAAAUUGGUGGCACUGUGUUAUGAACAUAUGUCCAUUAAAAAUCACAUUAAGGAUUCCAAAUGUUUUUCAUUUGUGAUGGCAGCAAGGCUCGAGUACAGAUGUCCACUGGGAAUUCUAGACACUUCAGCAUCAAAUUACUUGUAUUUAGGUAACACCUCCCAUCAGAGGAUCUCAAAGCAUAUCACAAACACACAGUAAGCCUCGAGCCCCUAUAUAAAACACACAUAGUAUUUGGUGCAAUGAAAUAACUGGAGCAUAUGCAAAUCAAGGCCAGGAUUUUUUUCAAGAAUCUUCUCAUUUAGAGAUUCAGCUUUUAGACAGCCAACAGAAGGCAUUAAAGGUUUUAUGUGAAGAUAGUGAAUUCUCAUAACACCCACUGUCUCCCACUCAAAAACCCAGAUGUAACACUUCCAAUGGCUCAGUUACAGUGGUCCUGAGGUCUUCACCCAGUACCAGCAGGUGCUGCUGUCUGGAUUUGGUUUCUGGAAGAUUCCACGAAUGGCAAACAUGGGAGGUGGUAUGGGGAAAUGUAAGGCCUUCAAAAAAAGGGUUGUCUUGAAUGUAAAGUUUAUUUUCCAUUUAAAUGAGAAGACUUUUUUAGUAGUAACUGCAUUAUAAUGCUCAUCUAAUAGCUGAUACGAUUUCUUCUGAUUGAACUUUUUUUGGCACUUUUUCUCUGUGCUUCUUGACACUUGAAUGUGAUGCUUAUCAGGUGCCUUCUUGGAAGCUGUCAAAUCAUUUAAAUGUGUGUGAAUCUGACAUUUCAAGAUGAUAGCAUUCAACAAGUGCCUUGAAAGGAGGGGUUUUAGGAUGUUUGCUUUGAUGGACACUAUUCAGGUUGUUCAAAACAGAAGUUUUUGCGCACUUAAGGUUUUUCAGACUAACUAGAACUGAAUAAAUGUAAAGGUUUUUAGAUGCUCAGAAAAAAUAUCAUUAGAAAGCUUAACUCAUCAUACAAACCAAGGUGCAACAAAGUACUCACAGUGAGAUUUGAAAGUUGUUAAUGGCAUAUAAUAAUACUCAGAAAUUCUACUUCCCUCCCAUUGCUAAUUCUCCCACAUAUUGUCACCUCCAAAGAGUUUGUCACUUGGGUAUUUUGCUAUGAAAUUGUAGUUUUUUUAAAGAUUCCCUGAGCUGUUUUACUGACAGAAGAGCACAGCCUCUGGAUUGUUAUUUCUGUGGUGAAGUUGUGCUCAGCUGACACCGAGCACACUCCAACAGCUGCUGGACUGGGUGCCACAGAGCCCAGAUCCAAGAGCAGCCCUUGCAAGCUCACAAAGAGCAGGGCAGGGAUUGUUCUCUCAAUUUCCAAAAGAAAAUAUGAACCGUGCAAAUUGCCUGCAGUUGCUAAAGAGUCUGUGAGUGAGCCAAGUGCUGAUUCCAGACCCUGCGCAGCCCCGUGCGACAUUUCCGCCUCACAGCCCCUCUCCUUCAGGCAGCUCUUCAGCACUGACCCAUCUGCAGGAGGUGUGGGGACCUGGCACACAUGCUGCACGCUCCACUCCACGUGUGCUGCGUGAACCGUGAGACACACCGAGCCUCUGCGACCGGACACCGAGCCUCUGCGACCGGCCACAACAGGUUGUUUUUUGCUGGAUGAACAGCAGAACUACAGCCAGAAGAGAAGGGGACAAACCAUACCAACCAGAGUGAAAAACAGUCAGCAAAAGGCACAGAAGAGAUGUGCAACUGAGCCUGCUAUACCAUAUUUCCAUUCCCAGCUCCUGAUGGAGAGGCCUGGGGCUAUCUGGUUGUGGACUUUAAGUGAUGGUUCAACAUUGUAGCAGUGCAGAAAACUAAGAUUCAAGAUUUUUGAAUUAAGAAGAUGAUUUGGACUCCUCAGAAAGUUUAACCCCAAGAGAAUUUGUUAUCUGAGCUGGAAAAAAAGUGCACAGGAACCCACUGCUCUUCUGAACCCACCAACCACCUCCUUACUGCUGAUUUUGCAAGGAUUAACGUGUACUUGCUGCACAUCCACGUGGAAGCAGAAUUUGAACUCCUCUGGGUUUUUGGUGGUCUCUGAAGAAAUGCUUCGUAUUUGUGAAAGUGGGACACCAAAGGAACAAGCAGCACCAGAAAAUACAGCAAAAAGACUUCAACCAUUUAGUGACAGAUUCAAGACCUGAGCAAGGUUUAAAGGAGCCAGAUGAAUUAGAAGAUUGUAAAAGUAUCUCCUUUUUUCUCGGAAGCAGGUGAUGGUGUGAAGGAGGUUAUCUGGUGCUGUCAUUAUUGAGAGGGGCAAUAUCUCACUGCAAAAGAGGUGCUGAAGGUAGUGUUUGUCCCUGGGGUAGAAGCAAAGGGAAGGCGUUGGUGUUUGCAGCCUGGUGCUAAGGCACACACACCGCUGACAGGUGCAGUGUGAACGCGACACAUACUUGGAAACAAAAGUGAGACAUUGGUGGAAAGUGAAAAUGGAAAACUUUCCAGAUGCCAGGUGGAAAAUGAUAUUAAAGCUGUCAAAAUAAGUCACAACAAAGACUGGGUUUUCUCUUAGACUAACAGGAGUCAUGUUCUGGAGAAGAAUGGAGGUUUCAGCUACAAGGCAGAGUGUCAUAAAUGAAACAAUUAUGAGCACUGGAGGUUAAGUUUGAACCUAUUUGUUUUGGGGUUUUAUGUUUUGGUCUCUUUAUUUUUUCUCUUUCUCUUUGAAGUGCACUGCAGAGUUCCUGAUUUAUUCUACAGUUGGUGGACAGGUCAAAAAUGUGUAAAUAAAUCCCACUGUCAUUGCUUCACAUAGUUAUCUAUUCUGGGCCUAAUUCCAAGCCCUGUUAAAUUGAUGGCAAUCCUUCCAUUGGCAUGGGAGGACUGCAGUUGAGAACCUGUGAUGGUGGUGCAAAGUAACACCAGAGAGGAUGGAUAAACAGCUUCUGCAGUCAUCCAAAGUGAGUCUCUGAAACACAGAAAGGGAAGCAAACCUUGAACUACAUUCAAGGUCAAAUAUGCUUUAUAUAUAUGGGAAUGGAGCUUUUAAAAGUGUCAGCUCCACCUAAAUGCAUUAAACAUCUUAAAUAUUAUAAAGGACAUUAUUCAGAUUUAAGACUGACAUUCCGAACAGAUAACCCAGUAUUUUACUUCUUGAAAAAUAUUAGCUGCACUGCUUAUACUUGGGUGGAAAACCACAAAUCAGAACAAAGUUUGCUGUGUUUCCUUAGUGUAGCCAAGGAAAUUUACUCUGCUGAUUAAGGAUUUUACUUGUCCAUGUAUUCACUUUAAUGAAGUGGUAGAUUCUUAUCAACAAUUUAUCUGUAUCUUGUGGCUGAGUUUUGUUUCUUUAUGUAACAUUACUUUAGCACAGGAAAAUGUGCCUACAUUAAAUUCCUUAUGCUCCUUAUGAAAUACUCCUGACAAACAAUAAUUAAUUUUGAACAUUUACCCCCCAAAGUAUAAUUAUGACUUAAAAUAUAAAACAGCUCUCUAUUAUUUUUGUGAUGGACUUUUCAUGCAGGUUGUUAGAUGUGUUAGAAAGAACCAGACUCCCAGAAGAGUGGGUAGAAGCUAGAUUGCAGCUAGAGAUGGACAAUGCAGCAGCAGUAACUGGAGACUCUACACACAACACACCAUAAUAGCCAUUAUGGAGCUGUUAACCUCUAGUGUGUCAAAACCUACUCAGAAAUUGGUUGAAUUCUUAGAUUGCUGAUCCAAGUGGUUCCUUUAAAUUCAGCAAAAAAUGAACUGAAGAGGCAUUCCGCGUUUGAGCUAUAAAUCCUUGGAAAUACUGGUUAUUAAUGGAAAUAACGACAGACCUUUACCGUACCUGCAUGGAUGGUGCUGGUAUUAAUAAUGCAGAAGUGCAAGGCAGGACAGCUAUUAGAAGUUGAUGACUGCUGAAGUGCAGAAAACCUCAUUAAAAUAACCUAAAGGAUGGUGUAUUACUGUAACAACUUUUUUUCCCUACAGUGCCCUUCAACAAUCAUAAUUGCACAGUAUACAGAGCAACUUGAAAAGAUUUAGAAAUGUGUAAGAAGUAAAAUCUCUGGCCACAGUUACUGGCAGCCUAAUUAUGUGAAUAUAUUGUAUACUCUGCAUCCUGUUCUUUAGUUUUGAGAGCCCGUGGAUUCAUGGAUGAUGAAUAAUGUGGUGUCUAACCAAGAUAUCAGCACUAAAUUGCUGGAAUAGAUAUUCAGCCUUAAAUAAUUGCUUUGGGUUUGUGUUGAUUCCAAGCAGCAGAAUAGUUAUGACUAACUUGCAGUUGUUAAAUGUAAACAUGCUGUAUUAUUUUUGCAUUUAAGAUUUUACAGAAUUGUAGAUAGGAGUGGUUGUUGUCAAGGGUGUUUAUGGGAUUUUCAGUUGAUGUCUCUGAGGAUGAGGUCAAAUAACCCCACCUCACCUUAGGGUACCGCUCAAAGGCCAGUGGGGUGGGCUGCUGUUUGUGCUAUAGAUAUUUCAGAAAUGCCUGGGUUACAUCCCCAGGGAAGGAAAACCACCACUUAAUUUGGGGUAAAUCAGUUUAGCAGGAUCUGGAACACACUGGGCUGCAGUCCCUGUGCAAUGUGCUGUACUCUGCAAUGCACCAAGCUAAUAUUUAGAAGUAAAGCUCUAAAUCUAUCCUCUGCACUGGCAUAUAAUAGAGUAUUCAGAGUAAGUGGGUUUUAUAAAAUGCUUGAUGGCUGGAAAUUACUAGUCUAGAAGGGUACACAAGAUUAAAUGUUAAGUCACUCAAACUGUGCAAGUUUACCUCAAAGACAUUUUCACAAUGCCUUUGGAGGAGUCGUUCAACUUGUUCUCACUGAAUAACCAAUCCAGGCCUAAGGUACAGUGUAAAGAUGCUUAAACAUCGCUCCACUGCCUCUGCAAAGCCACUUGAGCCAAUUUUGUACAACACUUCUGUGGCGGCAGCAUCAGGCGGCCCUUCAGCGGCACUCCAGCACAGGGCUCCCGGCUGGAGCCUUUCCGCCACAGAAACACGGCAAGUGCUUCAGAUAUUUCCCAAGUGGAGAAACCAAUUGAGCUCAGCCCCGUGGUCUCCAGCCAAGUGGGAGCAGAAGGUUAAGGGCCUACAGUUAAGGACGAGAUGUCUUCAUCUCUGCUCAGAGGGUGAGGAAACGGCAGCUGCCCUGACAGGACUUGCCGUGCGUGGGGGCCAAGGAGCAGCGGGCACCCGGUGCAUUGCGGGGGAAAGCUCCGCAGGUUCGGGGCUUUUGUGUUUUGUAGGGAAUUAACACGUGAGAAGCAGCCGUUCCCCAAAAGCUGCUCCCCACGAGUGGGCUCCCACUGCGGCCGCUGCUGAGGGAGAGGCCGCUGCCGAGCUGCACGGCAGGCGCCGAGCCCCUUCCCCGCCGCCUCCCCUGCCACAGCCCGGCCACAAUGGCCCAACAGCCCGGGGGACCCAGCGCCCCGCGGGGGCACCGCCCGCAGCGGGAGGGCCCUUGGGCCGCCGGAGCCCCGAGCCAGGAGCGCUGAGGGGGCUCGGGGCUGGUCCUGAACGCCCGUGGUUUGCGCUGGUGUGUGUCCCGGAUCGGGCUGACUCGCUGUGUGUGACGGGGAGCAGGACGGGCAGGGAGCCCGCAGGGCCCGGGCCCGGCUGUGGGGCUGGGCCGGGCCCUGGGGCGCUGCGUGCCCCGGGCAUGGCCCUGAGCCUGCGGGACGGCAUCUGCGUGUUGUAUGACUUGGAGCUGGAGCAGAUUCGGCAAGAACAAGGGCAAGAAAAGAGCGCAGAAAGCGAGGAGACAGAUAAACCACCAGACACGCUCCUGAUGGAGAUUGACAGAGAUAAUGAUGCCAUUACAUUUGAAAAUAACAUCCAGCAACUGAGCCCAUCUGAAGAGGGGGAAGGAGAGAAAGUUUUUCCCACUGUUGGGCAAACAAAGAGUCAGAGCUGCAAAGGGGGUGAUGAUUUGUCAGACUUAUUCAAUGAAAGUAAAGAGCAGGAAUAUCCAACUGCAUCAGAACAAACAGUUGUAAGAAAUCUCAAGAAUCUAAAAUUUGAGGCAAAUGCUCCACAUCAGGAGAAAGGAGAAAAAGAAUGUUUCAACUGUUUUUUCUGCACAUUCACCUCAGUCAAGUUAUCAAGUCUUAGGCGUCAUUUGAAAACCCAUUCAGAUGAGAAACGUCACGUGUGUCACCUCUGCCCGAAGGCCUUCCAUACAGCAACUCUGCUGCAUAACCAUGUGAACACACAUACAGGGAACAAACCCCAUAAAUGCAGUGAGUGUGACACAGCAUUUGUGACCCGAGGGGAGCUUUCACGACACAGGAGGUACAAACACACUUUGGAGAAGCCUUUCAAGUGCACAGUAUGUGAAUACUCCAGUGUAGAAGCCAGCAAGAUGAGACGCCACGUUCGCUCGCACACGGGAGAGCGGCCCUACCCCUGUCACCUGUGCAGCUAUGCAAGCAAAGAUACCUACAAACUGAAAAGGCACAUGUUAACUCACACAGGUGAAAAACACUAUGAAUGUUAUGUUUGCCAAACCAGAUUCACUCAAAGUGGUACCAUGAAAAUCCAUAUGUUACAGAAGCAUGGAGAAAAUGUGCCAAAACACCAAUGUCCACAUUGUAGUACUUUCCUUUCCCGAAAAAGUGAUUUGGGUGUCCACCUGAGGAAUCUGCAUUCCUACAUGGAAGAGGCAGUGAAGUGCAGGGACUGUGAGGCAGCUUUCCACGAGCGCUACGCUUUCCUUCAGCACAGGAAGACUCACAGGAAUGAGAAAAGAUUCAGAUGUGCUCAGUGCAGCUGCACAUGUAACCAGAGUAAUAUGUGUAAGCAUGCUGAAAAUUGUGGAUUGGUGAGGGCAAAAACUGCUACAUCCAGAAAAGGAAGCAAAGGCAAAAAUAAAAUCCAUGAGCACCCGAAGCGUGCUAACCCAGAAGGAUGACUCUAGUGUGGAAAAUGAACAUUGUGCCAGUGAGAUUGUUCCUGUUUUAGAUGGGGCAGAAACAGCAACUCCUGGGG